UUUAACGAAGGCAGCAUGCGCAGCACCCUUUACCUUCUACUGCAUAUUUUAGUUCUUUUUGCAAAUAACCCUCAAACCGUUCUGUUCCGGGAGUAACGUCACUGUCUGCUUCAUCCGCCGUCACCUAAUCGAAAUUGGAUGAGUCGAAAGAUGGUUACCGAAGUAGUGUCAUCUGUGCGGUUUUCAAGGUCUUCAGUAUGUGUACAAACACCAUAGUGAUGUUCUGAACUCUGAAAAGUUUGGAGCCUGUGUUCCCGAUCACAAAGAAGGCGAACGUUUGCCUGUUUUAUCUUUUCGUUGUGGUUGUUUUGUUCUUGUUCGACAGUGUGAAGCCUGAUGGGUUUUACUCAACUUAUGAUCUGUGGGGUCAAGAGUACAUCUGUUAUCGUUGCUUCAUCGAGCAAAGGCGCUCCGCUUUCGGUUAUAUUUGACUGUUCUUUCUUGUUACCGCUAGUCCCAUCUGAGAUUAGCACUUUGCAAUUCUCGGUGUUGUCACAUCCAGCAGACGUAAAGAAGAGCAGACCUUUGGGAGUAUUGGCGUUGUUCUCAUUACCUGAUGCGAGAUCUCAUGCUGAUGCACCCGAAUCGGGCUUCACGUUCCGCGCGGCACGAUAUUGAGAGUUUGAGUUAACGUUCGAGUACUACGGUGAUUGUCCUUCUUUAGCUUUGAACGAUGAAAACUUCUGUGAUUUGCUCUUCUUAUCGCUGUUUCCGUUAUUGUAAUAUUUUAGGUCACCUCAUUUUGGUUUUCUAUUGCUAGUUUCUCCAAACAUGAAUUAUAAUAAAGAACGUAAAUGUCAGCAAAUACACAAAAAUCAUUUCUUUGUUGCAUCUGUAAGGGCUC